UCAGGAAGGAAAUGGCAACAGCAUCAUCCUCUGCUUUCACAGCAUCGAUUGCAACACAGCACAAAGCCUUUGAAGGUUAGGCAGAUGAAUGAAAAAGACAAGCAGCUCGAGGUUGUUUCAGUUGCAGAGGUAGCUUGUGUUGAGGUACUGCGGCCUGGAGCCCCUACACUGUGCUGAAUGAGAGAAAUGUGAGCUCGCUGCAGUACUGCAGUGCUGCUGCAGACAAUACUGCCAUCGGAGGUAAACAGAGGGCUCCGAGAGACAGAGCAAGACAGGGGAGAGAGAGAGAGAGAGAGAGAGAGCAAGCUGCAGAGGAGCCACUGCCCUUACUGUCAAUACAGAGACGGAUACUCUGCUGUUAGAAGGAGGACUGGGAUCAGUUGAAAACUGGAAGCACCAGAUUUACUACAAGCACAGGUAACGUGAUUCAAGCAAGCAUCUUCAUACAGCUCACUAUUGCUUAACUGAGGGCUUCUGUGUCGUUCACUCAGUUCUGUCAUAGAUCUUUCUUCUGGGAUAUGUUUGCAGUAUUCGCCUGCUCACUUCAUUCAUAUUGCAGCAUUCACAGCCGUUAAGAGAUUGAGCAUCCAGGAGAGGAAGAGAAGUCGGGACGUACAGUUAUAAAAGCUGACACUCAGUGCACCUCAGCUUCGUUAUAUAAGGAACACGGUGUUUGGAACCAGUGUGGACUAUGCAAACGAUUCAGGAUGUUUCGUACAGAUUGUGUUGCAGCCUGAACUGACUGUAUGGAUAGUGAAGGUUCCUGGUGCAAAGUGAGAAACCUGCAAAGGUGCAGAGAUGGUCAGACAGCGAAGGGAGUGCAGGCCUUACCUGUGAAGCAGGCUGCCUAGUCGCAGCUGGGACUCUUAGUUCCCUUGCCCAUGGCGUGCCUGAAACAGCAGCAGGCUGCCAUCAAGAUGGAGGCAGUGAAGAUUGUGCCAGUGGAGAAGUUUGCGGAGUGCCCGAACUCGCAGGGCAGGUACGGGCCCUCGCAGUGUGUCCGCGAACCCCCGCUUGUGGGAAAGUGUGCCUGGCCCCUAGAGUCCGAGAUCAUUGCAAACCAGGCCUGUGCUGAUGUCCCCACCCUGGAGAAAGCCCGGAGCCCGAGCGGGCUGGCCCGGACACCACCCCGCCGUGAGAAAUUUGUCCAGGGUCAUCGCAAGGCCAGUGGAGAAUUGUGUUACCACCGGCAGACACCAUCGGACGAGGUCAUUGUUAAUCAGUACGUCCUUCACCAGUCAACCACGUCUGAGCCCCUAGAAUGCCCCACCUGUGGCCAUGUGUACAAUGCCACCAACAAACGUCCACGGAUCCUCUCCUGUCUCCAUUCAGUGUGCGAGGAGUGCCUGCAGAUCCUCUACGAGUCCUGCCCCAAGUACAAGUUCAUCUCGUGCCCCACUUGCCGCCGGGAGACCGUGCUGUUCACCGACUAUGGCCUGGCCGCUCUGGCCAUCAACACCAGCAUCCUGGCCCGGCUGCCAGCUGAAGGCCUUGCCACCAACCCGGGCCAAUGGGGGAGUGAGGCUGACCGGAGCUGCUACCAGACCUUCCAGCAGUACUGCGGGGCAGCCUGCAGCUGCCAGCUCCGAAACCCACUGUCUUCCUGUGUCAUCAUGUAAACGGAUUCCCAAUUUCACAGAGUAACAUUUGUGACCAAAAAAAAGGAUUACCCCAAGACUGAACAACUUGCUGUGCUUUCUCAGCAAUCUAUAUGGUAAAUUAUCUAUAACUGCAUUAUCUCAUCUGGGAGUUUCUGUGUUUUCUGUGAAAUCAAAGGUAUCAAAUUCAGGUUGAGUGGCAAGUAUUAUGCAGUCUUGAUAGUUUUGCCUAGGAGGCAGUGUUGCCAAGCAACCUGUACAUUCUUGACUCUGACCUCGGAAUUGCUUCUUUUUCCACCCCAGUAUUAUACGAUGCCUAAAACCAUUGCCAAAGCAGCAAGUGUUUUAAAGUGUUGCCCUCUUUAGGUUGGUAAAGCUUAAUGUGUUCGAGAUGCACACCACACUAUCCAGCAGCCGACUGAGACCCAUUCCAUUCUAAUCUAGGCCCUGCCCAGUGCCCUCAAUCUUUCACCAGAAUGCAGCAUCUGGCGAGAACAUUUUGUUUAACCUAAAGUUUAGAUUUUGAUUGUUAGACAAAGAAAGAAGGGUUUAGUAGCACUUAUUUUUAAUUGCACACAUCCUCACCUAAGCCACAGACCUGCCUCAAACCUUGAUGAUGUCAGAGGCACGCUUGUAGCUUUUGUGCAGUGUCAGCCCUGCCAAGCUCAGCAUCAGGAAGUGAUCGUCCUGGGCCAGCUGCCUCUGCACUUCAGCACCGUGCAACCUCCCCAGACACCCCUGCACCCCCCAUACCCUCCCACCUCCCACCUCUAAGCCAAUGUGGUUUUUGAGGGGCUGAAAAGGGUUAUGACCAGAGGUUUCUACAUCCACCUGUCCGUCACAGUAACCAGUUAAUAAAGGCUGCUCUCACCUGUGUGUCUGAGUGCAUUGGUUUUGCUUUUGCUCCUUGUCCCACCCCACAAUCCCAACCUUGGGCUGCAAGAAGCCAUUCACACAUUUAACACAACAGAUGGAGAAAUACCAGUCUUUGGCUCCAAGUUAGGUGUAUGGGGGAGCACCUAUUGCCAAAGGUAACAGUCAGUGCUGGAGAGCUCACCGAGAGCCAUGCUAGGAACACAAAGAAUGUUUCUUUAUUGAUUGUAUUCUGUGAAUAAACUCUA